CUCCGUAAGUGUGGUUGGUGAAUAAGCUGAGCUGUAGUUCUCUAACGUCAAAAGCCUUGCGCAGGAUUUUUUGGUACCGAGCGGAAAGGAGAUGCACACGGCACUCGAGUGAGGGGACCAAUAAAAAGGACACAAUGCGAGUACAUGUACACACCAAAUUCUGCUUCCUGUGCGUUAUCACCUUCAUCUUUCAUCACUGCAACCAUUGCCACGUGGAAGGGCAUGACCACGCCAGCGACGUACAUCAGCACAGCGACCUACAGAUUUCUGAGGCUCCGUAUGUUCGUUCCACCACCGUAUCCCCGGACUCAAACAGUCCUGAAGGGCCACCUCUAGAGGAAGAACAGCGUUACUACAUCCAACAGCUGUUUAGGCGCUAUGGGCAGAAGGAUCGCUUGGAUUUCCAGGGUUUUGAGAGUCUCCUCCAUAGCCUGGGUUUAGGAUCAGUUAAAUUGGUUGCCGUGGAUCAUGAGGAUAUCGGUCAUGACCACGUGGCACACCUCGACCUGCUGGAUGUGCAAAAUGGGCUUCACUCACAUACAUCCUCCAGUAAAGUCCACAGUCACGAUCAUUCGGGCCAUAAGCACCAUCACCCACACGUAGAACAGGUUCCCACGCGCUGCAGCCCCACUACUGCUACUGGGGGGCCAACAAAUCAUGACCAUAAACACGGUGAUGAUGAUCAUGAUACCCAUGACCACAACCAUAAUCACACACAUGAUGAAGACCAUCAACACCAGCACACAGAGGUCCAGCCUGACCACAAAGACCCGUCCACUAGUCCCCAUCAGAACCCCACAAACCACAGCAGUGACCAUUACAGUCAUAAAGAGCAUAGAGAUGAGCCAGCACUGCCAAGUGUAACGCCGACGGAAAAUCCUGCAAGGACCAGGAAGCCGGGAAAGGUCAGAGGUCAGGGCAGGUCAAACAAGUUCCCUUCAACUGAAGCGCCUCCAACUGAUGAUCAUGACCACAGUGGCGCUCACAAAGACAAGAGAGAGGCUCCAGGGUUGGCUGCCUCAUCGGGGCUCAUAGCACAUGCAGGACACUCGCACCAGCAUGAGGAGUGCUUGAACCUGACUCAGCUCCUCACCUACUAUGGCCUGCAGCCUGACUCCGUCAUCUCCAAGAGUGAGUUCACCUACCUGUGUCCCGCCCUCCUCUACCAGAUAGACAGUCGCGUCUGUAUCCGCCAUUACCAUCAGGUGGACGUUGAGCAGGAGGCCCUGGAGACUGUCAGUUCUGCCUCCAUCGCUCUGCUGCAGCCCCUCUGCACACCUCAGAACCACACCUGCAUCAAGGCUCAGGGACAACACGACCACAGCCAGCAUGGAGACAGCGAUACCACUGAUAUGGUCACCGCCUUUGAUGGCGUGUGGAAGGGUCUCACUGCGCUGGCCGGCAUCUACCUCCUCUUCAUCAUCGAGCAUUGCAUCGGCAUGUUCAAACACUUCAAAGACCAGAGGGAACUGCAGAAGAACAACGAGGAGAGGAAGAUCGGCAGGAAGCUGUCGGAUCACACGCUAAACCGCCGUUCAGACGCAGAGUGGUUGACCCUGAAGCCUCUGAAUGACGACCCGGAGAACUCAACUAUCUCCUGCGACAACACUCACAACGACACCCAGCUGACAGAGCUCCAGACCCCCGACUCCCCCACCACAAAGACCCCGCUGGCUCCUACAAAGGAGCCCCAGUCUCCCACCAGGGACCCCGCCCAGAAAACCAGGAAGCACAGACACUCCCACGGUCACGGACACUCCCAUGGAGGGAACUGCCACUCGGACCAGGAGAUGAAGGAUGCUGGGAUCGCCAGCAUCGCCUGGAUGGUCAUCAUGGGAGACGGCAUGCACAACUUCAGCGACGGCCUGGCUAUAGGUGCCGCGUUCAGCGCCAACAUCACAGGAGGCAUCAGUACAUCCGUGGCUGUUUUCUGCCACGAACUUCCUCAUGAACUCGGCGACUUUGCGGUUCUGCUGAAGGCCGGCAUGAGUGUAAAACAGGCCAUCAUCUACAACGUGCUGUCGGCACUCAUGGCGUAUGUGGGCAUGCUGAUCGGCACGGCGGUGGGCACGUACACGCACAACGUGACCAGCUGGAUCUUCGCCAUCACCGCCGGGAUGUUCCUCUACGUGGCUCUGGUGGAUAUGCUGCCAGAGAUGCUUCACGGGGACAGCGAGGAGCACAAGCGCUGCCAAGUGGGACACUUCAUCCUGCAGAAUGUGGGCAUGCUGACCGGCUUCAGCAUCAUGCUGCUGAUCGCCAUCUUUGAGGACCGCAUUGUGUUUGACUUUGGCUUUUAGCGAAGGACGGAGGAAGUGGACGGCUGGAUGUAUCAGUGUUUUUUUUUCCUUAAAGUGUCCUGUCUGCUGUCCUGCACGUGCUCCAUUGGUCUCUGUUCCAAACUACAGCUGUCCGCUCUUCUCCUCAUCUUUACGCCUUGCUCCUCCUCUUCCUCGGCUCCUCGUUCUCUUCCUGUGAAGCACAAAGCUGCCCCCCCCCUUUUCCCCAGGAUAGACGUUCCCACCUGUAGCAUUCUUGUCCUUCAUGCCUUCGCCUCAUUCAUGCUGCGUCCCGUCUCCGUGGCUUGUUCCUGUGUGCUGAUGUCGUCCCGCUGCGCUCCGCCCACCGCCUGAAGCUGCGGUGUGAGAACAGAGGCGUUCCUCCGCCGAUCGGUGCAGAACUCGGUUGUUUGAUGUUUGUAGGGAAUCUGAAGUCGUAGACGUUUAUGAGAGCAGCUGCCAAAGCCUUUAACUUCAGCAUG